AUGGCAACAGCAUCUGAAAAGACCACAAGGAAAUUUACUGUUGACUGCACAAAGCCUGCAUCAGACAGCCUAAUCUCCCCCUCAGACCUGGGGGCAUUUCUUCAGCAGAAGAUCAAAUGCAAUAUGGGGAAGAAGGAAAAGCUCCUCCAGAUAAAUGUGAAUGGAAACAUUGUUGAGAUAAGUGUUACCGGAGGAUUCAUAAGCAAGCAGGGGCUGAAAUGGCAGACAGGGAGGUUUUUGCAUAUGAAAAAGCUCAGAGCUUUUAUCAAGAUUUUUGCACAAGGCCCAGAUGGGUUUGAGCUCGGAUACAUUAAUGUCGAAGAGGGCAAGGAAGAAUAA